AUGUUGAGCCCGGACCUGGCACAGACCAGAAACAGCUUUACUACCCUGGACCCAGAGUGGAUUCUACCUCGUGUUCAGAUCCUCGGAGCUUCUACCCUCAUCAGACCUGGGUGCUACUCCCCCUGCCUGCUGCACUGCUGCCCCUACUCCCCCUGCCUGCUGCACUGCUGCCCCUACUCCCCCUGCCUGCUGCACUGCUGCCCCUACUCCCCCUGCCUGCUGCACUGCUGCACCUACUCCCCCUGCCUACUGCACUGCUGCUCCCACUCCCCCUGCCUGCUGCACUGCUGCACCUACUCCCCCUGCCUGCUGCACUGCUGCACCUACUCCCCCUGCCUGCUGCACUGCUGCACCUACUCCCCCUGCCUGCUGCACUGCUGCCCCUACUCCCCCUGCCUGCUGCACUGCUGCUCCUACUCCCCCUGCCUGCUGCACUGCUGCUCCUACUCCCCCUGCCUGCUGCACUGCUGCCCCUACUCCCCCUGCCUGCUGCACUGA